GGUUUCCCGGGACUAUGAAUAUGCGCUGAGCAGCCGCUGAUGGAUGUGAAUGAAGGUCGAGGCUUGCAAGGCGGCCGGAGCCCAGGGGACAUCCUCAAUCCCAACAACAAUCACACGCGGAAUGGCCUCGGAGGCGGACAGCAACGCAAACUACUGCGAGACGUGGUCGCUUAAAAGGGGGGAUCUCCUGGAGGUGCCGCGGACACUGUUUACCCACUACGGCAUCUACCUGGGAGACGGGCAAGUCGCUCAUCUCAUGCCCGACAUCCUGCCCGUGUUCACCGAAGACCACAAGCUGAUCCGGGACGUGGUGACAAACCAGCGGCUCAUUCUGGGCGUCAUCUCCAAGAACGCCAGCAUCAGGGUGGACACGGUAGACGACUUUGCAUACGGAGCUUGCAUCCUCGUCAACCACAUGGACAGGCUGGUGUGCAAGAAGCCAGCACUUCCCAACGAAGAGGUUGCCAGAACAGCCGAAAAGCUGGUGGGAAGCACAGAGUACAGCCUGUUGUGGAAUAACUGUGAACACUUUGUUACCCACUGUAGAUACGGCAUUGCAAUGAGCAUUCAGACUGACAAGUUUUGUGAAGCAGUGAAGACUAUCAUAAGAGACCAGAGGAGUAUUUUUGUCACUACUGCAUUGGGACUGGCUGGUAUAUUUUGUUUGGGCUUUGGUCCCUCCACUACUCUUCCUACCAUCCUUAUACCUUUCUUACUGUGGAUGGCUAGCUAAUGUGCGGGAUCUCAAACACAUUGUAAAUAUGUGACAUAGCAUACUAAUUAUGUACAGAGUGGUAGGGUAUGAUUUAUAAAUGUUCAGCAAUUUCCUUAAAACCAUUGCUCAUUUUUGAGAUGUCGUUCCAUCAAAACUUAGAAUAAUUUUUUAGUUGGCUUACCAUGUAAGCCCAGGUGAUCUUUUAAUGGAAAGCCUUAUUCUAGAAUCUUUUUUUUUUAAAUGUGAUUUUAUUCUUCUUGCCUCAUAACAAUAGUAAUAUGUUAUUAUAGAAACGUAGAAACAUUGAAACAUAGAAACAUAGAAAAUAGGUGCAGGAGGAGGCCAUUCGGCCCUUCGAGCCAGCACCGCCAUUCAUCGUGAUCAUGGCUGAUCGUCCCCUAUCAAUAACCCGUGCCUGCCUUCUCCCCAUAUCCCUUGACUCCACUAGCCCCUAGAGCUCUAUCUAACUCUCUCUUAAAUCCAUCCAGUGAUUUGGCCUCCACUGCCCUCUGUGGCAGGGAAUUCCAUAAAUUCACAACUCUCUGGAUGAAAACGUUUUUUCUCACCUCAGUCUUAAAUGACCUCCCCUUAAUUCUAAGAUUGUGGCCCCUGGUUCUGGACUCGCCCAACAUUGGGAACAUUUUUCUUGCAUCUAGCUUGUCCAGUCCUUUAAUAAUUUUAUAUGUUUCUAUAAGUAUCCCCUCAUCCUUCUAAACUCCAGUGAAUACAAGCCUAGUCUUUUCAAUCUUUCCUCAUAUGACAGUCCCGCCAUCCCAGGGAUCAAUCUCGGAACCUACGCUGCACUGCCUCAAUCACAAGGAUGUCCUUCCUCAAAUUAGGAGACCAAAACUGUACACAAUACUCCAGAUGUGGUCUCACCAGAGCCCUAUACAACUGCAGAAGAACCUCUUUACUCCUAUACUGAAAUCCUCUUGUUAUGUUUGAAAUGUUGAAUUAAUAAAAGUAAAUAUAUGCUUUGGUGCUUCACUGUAUUCGUUUUACUUUCGUAUGUUAACCACUCACAAUAGGAUUGUACAUAUGAUCACAAGAAUAUUAAUAUUUUGGAUUUUAAAAAAAGUUAGCACUAAAUACUGUGGUGAGUUUUAACAUGAGUCUGCAGAUUAAGAAAUAAAACAUAUUCCUUUUCUAAA